AUGAAUGUUCUACAUUAUUCAUUAAGUUUAAGUGCUUGUCCAAAAUGUCAUUUAUUCAUUUGUAAACAUACAAGUCUAGCCGAUCUUGACUUGAGUGUCACUGAACAACAACAACAACAAGAACAAUCAAUUAGUGAAGACAACAAUACUCAAAUUUCUACAGAAAAUAAUCUUGAAAAUUCUUAUCAACAACGUUUAUUACAUGGAACAAAUUUUUAUAUAUUUCCAUCAACAACCAAUGAUAAUUAUCGUCAUAGUUGGACAACAUUUGGUACAAAUUCUAUUGCAAGUACAAAUACAUUUCAUAAUUUAUCAUCGAAUAAUGAAACAAUAUGUGAAAAUAUUCCAUUUGCAAAUGAAAAUAUAAUUAAUUCAUUAUUACCACCAACAAUAAAUCAAAUUGUUCGAACACAAUCGGAAAAAUUUGAUAAAAAAUUUCAAAAAUCAAUUUAUUUAACUAAAAGUUUUUCAUUUUCAACGUCAAACAAUAGAUCAUUAUCAUUAGUUCCUUCUAUAAAACAUAAUGAUCAUUUAUUAACUAAAUCACAUUCAUACUCAAAUAGAUCUCUUUUAAUUAUUAUUAUUCUUAUUUUAUCAUUUCUUAUUACAAAUACAAUUGAUAUUGUUCUUCUUUACAUUUAUUAUCAUACAAAUUAUAUAUAUAUUAUUAGUUUUACUAGUACAAUUAUUUUAUGUGAUAUGAUCUUAUGGAUAAAUAACUUAAUUCAAUUAAAUACUGUACCAUCUUAUUUACUAUUAAUACCAUUUAGUAUACGUCCUUAUUUACUGUAUGAACUUGUUGAAUUAUUCACAAUUAUGUUUGAUAAAUAUUAUAAUAGACAAAUAUUAAAUUCAUCAUCAUCUUCAUCAUCAUCAACAACAUUCGAAACAAAUAUAUCACAUAGGACAGAUUCAUCUAUGAUACAUCAUUUAUCAUUAUAUAAAAGAAAAAAACAAAAAUUAUUUCAUUAUUUAACAUUAUUUUAUGCUAUUCAUACGGGAUUUUUAACGUUUUUUAAUAUUUAUUUUUGGUCAAAUAAUUUUCAACAAUCAACUAAAUCUUUAUUAAAUAUGAAUUAUUUUAUUCCUCAAUGGAUAUCAAAUAAUGAUUAUUUAUCAUCAACGUCAAUGACAAAUACAAUUCCUAGUUAUUCUUCAAUAGCUCAUUGGCAAAUAUUUGAUAACGAACAUAAGCAUUUAGCUCGUCGAACAAUGUCGUCGGAUUGGACUCAAUACUUAUUUUCCUCAUUUAAUCUAAUGUCUAUUCAUCUUCCUUCUUCACCAACAUUUAUUUUAACUAGUAUUUUCUACUAUUUAAUAAUAAAUUAUUCUCUUCUAUCAACAUUUCUUAUUCUUGAACGAUUUUCAUUUAAUAUUAUUUUAUCAAUUUUAUCGCGAUUAUUUUUAAUUAUUACACGUAUUUAUACAUUUAUCUUUCUUUUUCAUUUUAAUAAUUGGUUGUUGACAAUGAUUUUUUUCAUUGUACAUUUAACAUUAAUGAUUACUCGAUUAUUUCAUCGAUCAAAAUUUAAACAUAAACAAAAUACAAUGUUUUUACAAAUGAUAUUUUCUUUAAUAACACAUUAUUCAAUUGAUGAUAUAACAAUUAAUGCAUUGAUAUCAUUAGAAAAUCUAUCCAUAUUUCUAUAUUGUCUUUAUCUUGAAACAUUUUCUUUUAAUCAUAAUGAACUAACAUUACGUUUAAUUAUUUUUAUAUCAAUACUUAUAUCAUUACAAAUUAUUGGUUUUAUAUUUGAUAUUCUAUCAAAAAAUAUUCUUUAUCGAACUAAAACAAUAACGAUAGUAUAA